ACUCAUUCCACUGGAAAUGUUCACUCAGGCGGCGUAUACCUUCUCGUUUCUGGUACACACAGACAACAUGUUACUCACCGUCCAGAGGACCGGUGAGCUAUUUGGAAAAUGAACGGUCGAUUAUUGUUGCGAGAAAAAGCUAUACUAAUCUUUAACUGUGGCACCCAAGAUUCCAUUUUUAUUCCGACACAGCCGAACGUGUUGUCAUGCACCUGUACUUAUCGCGCAAGAACAUAUUUAUGCUAGCUGACGGACAUUAGGGUCGGUGCACAAUACAAAAAACGUGUGAGGUGAGUGGGCAGAAUGCACAGUGGACCCUCUGGUUACUCCGCCCUGAGCACCCCAUUUAAGAAUGACCCCGAUCAGCCCCCUGCCCUCAUACCUCGUUUCCCCACCAACGUGACUGGUGCCACCCCGGCCAAAAGAAUCACCUUCUUCAAGAGCGGCGACGCACAGUUCGGCAGCGUCCGCAUGGCCAUCCACAACCGCAGCUUCAAGUGCUUUGACGCCUUGCUGGAUGACCUCUCCCAUAAGGUGCCCCUGCCGUUCGGGGUGCGCACCAUCACCACGCCCCGCGGGACACACAACAUCAAGCACCUAGAGCAGCUGGAGGACGGGGGCUGCUACCUGUGCUCUGACCGACGCUACGCCAAGCCCGUCGACAUGGAGCUGGCGGGCAAGCGGCCGGCCGUUUGGCACAACCACAGUCGCCCGCAGAGUUCCCGACGCAAACCCACGCGGCCCGAGGAGGCCCCGCCUGAGCACGGCAGCCCGCACUACUACCGGCACCCCAAGCGGCUCGUGCUGGUGAAGAACUCAGACCCGUCGGUGAGGCGCUCCAUCAUCCUGAGCCGCAGGACAGCGCGCAGUCUCCGCGUGUUCAUGGAGGAGGUGUCUGAGCUCAUGCAGUGCCACGUCAAGAAACUGUACACUAUCGAGGGCCGUAAGAUUGACAGCAUUCAGAGUCUGAUGCAAUGCCCCAAUGUGCUGGUGUGUGUGGGUCGGGAAUCAUUCCGGCCUCUAAUGUUGGAAUGCCGGAGGAACUCCGAGGAGAAGCUCCCGGGGAUGAGUGUCCGCUCACGCUCCAGUGUAUGCAGUGAUGGACAUGAGAGCAAGAAAAAUGUAAAUUUUGGUCUUGCGACAAAGAAGAGCAUCAUCCACCCGAGGUCAGAUUCCAGCAACAGGUCAACUAGAUUCUCUCUGUCGUCAGAGAAAUCGUACCCAAACGGACUCUGUACACCUGGCCAAGCUGGCUAUGUUGCAAACUGCCCUCAUGCAAGGGAAACCAUCAUAAACGAUGACAUUGAGAAGCGAGUCCUUGUCAACAAAGAUGGCAGCCUCUCUGUCGAAAUGAAAGUCCGCUUCCGCCUCGGCAAUGACGAGACUCUCCAGUGGUCCACGGAGAUAAAGAAAUCGCCUGGGACCACAAACGAUACCAUUAACGAGAAGGAAGCCAAUCCCCAUUACCUGCUGCAAGGUAAAGAGUCCUCAGAACAAGAAUCCAGUGGUGAGGUAGAAGAGGCUUAUGCUGAAAAAUCUCACUGUGGAAACAGCUGCAAUCACUGCCAGGAGUAUGAUAUAUGGAAGAACCCCAUGCACAGACAACACCACAGAUCAUCCAGGCACAUUAAAUCCUCCAGCUCUAGUGCAUCAUCCCAUAAAAUUGUCUGCAAGGAGGCGUCUGUGGACAGCAUUCGCACCAUCUCCCGCUCCAGCGAGGAAUACACAGAGCAUGUGGUGGAAAAGGCCUCGUGCUAUCAACAGACCCUGGAAGGAGGGGACACUAUGGUGGAGUACUGCACCAUAAGCCGCUGCUGCAGCCGCAGUGAAGUUUGUUCCAUGGCCACAACAUCAAAGAGCAAGAGGUCCCAUCCAGAGAGGUGCGAGGGAGAGAGUAGAAUGGUUCUCAAUGGUGAGAAAAGGCCACAUACACCAGAGUGGAAGCACAGUCACUCAGGGGUGUGCUGUGUUGAGGUAACCAAGGCAUCGGAUGCAGAGGAUCGCCCUGUCUCUGCGGUUAGCAACUCCUCAAAGGUGCUUGAGUCCCUCAAGGAGGAUCAGGAUGAUGACUUUGAUGACAUCCCACCCAGCGCAUCCAGGGCCUCCCAGUGCUCUCAGGGUGAACUCGAAGAGUCCAGCAGGGCAAAAAGUCGCACAAAAACACCAGACCAGCGAAGUGAAGUAUCUGCUUGCUCUGCUAGGUCAUUGAAGCACAAGGUCAAAAAUACGUCUCCUGCACCAGCAGACCAGCAGCAAAACAGUCCCAUUCCUAAUGCUAGGCCUAAGAGCACAGCAUCCAGAAGCUCCUCAAAAUGCCACUCAUGUCACUGUGGAGCAGCAUCUCCACAGUCAACGGCAUCUAAUACACCAGAAAAUGCUGAGGAGGGCGACAGACCCCAGAGCACAGUGUCAAAAUCCAGCAGAACCUCAAAGGAAUCGUGUAAAUCUCACAAAGACAGAUCACACAGUUCUGGAUCUCAAGCAUCAAACACCCUGUCUGCUAAGGAUGAAGGCCAGGAGGAGGAAGAGGAAGAGGAGAGAACACUAAGUGCCAUGUCAGAAGUCAGUAAAGGAUCUGGAAAAUCCAGUGUGUGUCCUCAUUGUGGUGUGUGUGACGGGGAGACUGAGAGUGCCCCCAGCCAGUCAGAAAAGCCAACAGAUAAAAUAGAAGAUAACCAGUCCGAUGACGAGGCUGAGGAAAAGCCACCCAGUGUCAGGUCAACAAGUUCAGCUGCAUCAGUGAAAUCUGAGAAAUCUAGCAAAUCCACAAAAUGUGAACAUCAUGUGUCAUCGAGAGGUGCCACACCCCUAUCAGACAAGGCAGAGGUUGAAUCAAAUGGUGGAGUGGAAGCAGUCCCAAACGACAGAGUGGAAAGUGCUCUAUCUAACCAUUCAAAUGCCUCUGCAGUGUCCACGAAGUCCAACCGGUCUGCUUGCUCAAACUGUCGAAGGUCAUCGUUGACUGAAUCGGUUGCAGUGGAAGAGAAAUCAGGAAAUGUCUCCUCAGAAAAAGAGUCAGUGGAAGAGGAAAGAGUUGGUAGCUCCAUGUCAAAUAAAUCCAUGGUGUCGCACAAAUCAAACUGCUCCACUUCAAACAGAGCAAAAACGCCCAGGUCUAACCAUUCAGGAAGUCCAGCUCCCAUUACUGAUGUUGAAGGGAGAGAUGGGGCCGCCUCAGCUCAGUCAAAUACUUCACGAGCAUCUAGGAUGUCAAGGAAGUCUCAAGGAGGUGAGGUCAAGCGAGCAGAGAGUCAAGCUUCUGUUGCCUCAGAACAACCUGAAACAGAAGAAGCCCCUGCAGAGAGAUCUGCUAGUGUAAUGUCAUCUUCAAAGCAGGCAUCCAUGGAGGAAAAACCAGGCACUGAUGAAGCAGCAGAUGACAAAACUGUGAACGAAAGAGCUACAAGUGCAAUGUCAAAUAGGACAGAUGCAUCAGUCAAAUCCCACAAAUCCCACAAAUCCCACAAAUCAAACUGUUCUACCUCAAAAAGGGCAAAAUCACCUGCCCCUCAGAGCCUUGCAGUCACAGAAGUGGAAGAAGAGAUUGAAAAGAGGGCAGACAGUGCAAUGUCCGCGAGAUCAAACAUCUCUGCAGCAUCGGGGAGAUCUGCUAGACCUCAAAGCAAAGCAUCAGAGAGGGCAGCAAGCCAAGCCUCAGCUGUAUCAGAGACUUGCCAACAGGAAACAGAAGCACCUAAAGAAGAGGAGAACUCAGGGGAUGACACAGCAAAAGCAGCUGAAGAACCAGUGGAGGAGAGCCGAGCACCCAGCGUGGUGUCCAAUGCUUCUGGCAGAUCAAGAGCAUCUCAUAAGUCAGCUUGUUCAACAUCAUCAAGAGCAAAAUCACCAAGGGCAGCAACCCCCGCAAAGGUCAGUAAAUCGAACGGAAAAUCACCUGAAGCAGAAAGAGAGAAUACCUGUGAUCCAGAGCCUGAGGCUGUUGCAGAGGAGAGAGCAGCCAGUGUCAUGUCUAAUAAAACAGAUGCUUCUGUUAAAUCCAAAAUCUCCACGAAGUCAGUCCUUCCUGCUCCAGAGAGGGCCAAAUCACCCAGGCCUAAGAGUCCAGCCAGGGUUAAGCAAGAAGAGAAAGAAAAUGAAGCUGAAAACAGACCAGCCAGUUCCUUAAGUGUAAAGUCAGAUGUGUCAAGAACAUCAAGACGGUCAAAGAGAGCGGCAAGUCCAGCCAAUCACUCUGCCCCAGAGGAGAGACCAACCAGUGCCAUGUCCAGGAAAUCAGCAAAGUCAUCCCCCAAAACAAAUGAGGAGACUAUAGCUGAGGAGAAGGCUCCUAGUGAAACAUCUGUAAAAGACGAUGCUUCAAACCAUGAAACAACAGAACCAUCAGCAGAAGGUGGGGAAGAGAAGGAAGAGAGAGCAGCCAGUGCAAUGUCAAACAAAACAGAUGCCACAGUCAAGUCCAGGGUGUCUCACAAAUCUACACUGCAUGCACCAGACAAAGCGCAAACAGCUCGGGCCAAAAGCCCUGCUCCAUCUGACAGGACGAAGGAGGGCAAGAGUGAAAAAAGACCUUUAAGCUCAUUGUCUGUGGGUACAGACGCAUCAAGAUCAUCCAGAAAAUCUCAGGAUAAAGAGGCUAAACGAUCUCCCAGCCCUGCAGCAAAACAGCAUGGUGGGCAAGAAACAGAAGUUGCCUCCAAGGAGAGACCCACUAGUGCCAUGUCCAAGAAAUCAACAAAGUCAUCCAAAAAUCAGCCUAAGGAAGAAAAUGAGGUUCAGGAAAAUGUGGCCAGUGCAAGCCUCAGUCCAGAAACACAUUCCAAUGACCCUGCAGAAGCAGAGGAUACAGAGCAGAGACCUGAAAGUGUGAUGUCACACGCCUCUGACAAACAAUCUCUCAAUGGUGCUCCAGAAAGAGCCACCACACCAGCAGAGCCCACCGAUCCCCCUGCAGGCCAGGAGGUCAAACUGGUUGCAAUGGAAGUCAACGAGAGGUCAAAGAGUGCCUUAAGCGUGGCCUCCCACACCUCCAAGAAGUCAGUCAGAGCGCCCUCUCCCAGACCCAAGACUAGCCAAAGUAAGACGAGUAAAGCUGAAGAAGAGCCACGAGCAUCCAGUGCAAUGUCCGGUAAUUCAAAAGUGUCCUCAAAGUCAAAGAAGUGUCAGUGUAAUCAUUCUAAAGAUACAACUCCGAAAACACCACCAGAGAAUGCAGAAGAGCCAUCAACACCUGAUGCUACUGCCAUAACUACCCCUGAGCCCGAUGAGGCCCGGGAAGAACCUGAAGGACCUACCACUAUAGUGACCCCUGACACAGAAGCACCUUCAGAGCAGAAGAGGGCAGAGAGCGUAAAAUCAACUAGAUCAAGCACAAAGAGCAAGGCAGGAUGUCUAAAGGUGAGAGAGGAUAAGGGUCCUGUGACCCGCAGUAAAUCACCAGCACCCGCCAAAGCAGAAGAGCCCUCUGCAGACAGUCAAACUGAGGACACAGGUGCAGGCAAAGAGGGGAAUGACAAUAGAAAUGAGAAAGCUGCAAGCAUGACCUUGAGAGAUUCUCGGCCAAAGUCAAGUGCUUCAGUGCGAUCCACCAAGUCCACCAAAUCACACAAAGACACCAAAACAAAUGAUGGAUCCAAGCAAGCAUCUUAUCUAGAUGUAAAAGGUCCCAUAACUGAGAUAGAUGGUAAGAGUGAUAACGGCAGUGUUAAGUCUGUCAAGUCAACCAGAAAAGCUAAGUCUGUGAAAUUUGAUAAGGACCCAGAAGAAGAAAAAAACGAGGAAAAAGCCCCAAGACCAAAUUCAGGAGCCGCAUCUGAUGCUUCACAGAAUUGCUCAAGCCCAGCUCAAGAACAACCAAACAAAAAUAAACCACCUACAAUACGCCUUGCUGCUACAUCUAGUGAUAGUGACUUAUCCAAUGCACUCUCUGCAGCGGAUCUCUUACGAGAGCUGUCUGGAAACACAAGGCCCGGGAGUAGAAUUUCACAAUGGAAUGUAGAGGUUGGAGAAAAUGAUAAACUUGAAAUUAAGAGUAAUAGGAGCAGCAAACACAAGAAAGUCAGCUCCUCACAAAGAGAUGAUCAGUCCUCUUUAGAGUUGGUGCAAUCCUGUUUACCAAAUGCAUCACCCAAUGAUGUUGUGAAUGAGUGGUUAAAGAACAUUUCAGCAAAUGGCCCAAUGUAUGAAAUGGAAGAUGAAUUAGUUGAUACUGAGGACCUACCACGGGAAGAAUCACUUGAGAAUGCUGAGGAUUUGAAUCAAAAUGCGGAAGAGAAUGCGGAUGAGCACUGUGAGGAGAAAGAGGAUACUGAUGCUUGUGGCGAAACAGCAACCCAGGCAGAGGAAUCAAAUGCUGAGACUGUACCUCCCAAACCUAACUCCGAUGCACCCCAAAAACAGCAUUUACCAAGACACUCCUCUGUCCAGGUCAUGAAUGCCCUUUUGAGCCCCAAGCUGGACAGAUGCAACAGCCUCCCGGAGGUCUCCCCUGUAUACGGCAGAAAACUCAGCAGAUCUGCCAUAGGACUCCUAGACUGUCUUGCAAAACUUAGACUCAUCGAUUCAGAUCACGCAAACACUCAAAACGCGAAAUACAGUGAGAUCAUGAGUAUUCUCCAAACACUCUGGCUAUAUGAGCCCACUGAGGAGGAUCAGAAGACACAGAGGGGCAAAGAUCAUGCCCCAGGUGAGGAUGAGGCAAAUCCCAGAUCAUCCUCCGGGGUGGAUGUCAGCAGUGGGUCAGCUGAGUCGACGAAGAGCGCAGUCCACAGUGGAGUGGAGAAAGCAGCGUCAGCACCACCUACGCUAAUAGUAGAACAACCGUCAGGAUUAGAAGAGGAAGCUGAAGGAGAAACCCCUGCUGAAACUGCCCCUGAGGAAGGGGCUGAUGCACCAGAGCAGACUGCAGAAUCUGAUCAAGAAGAAGACGUUUCAGACCCAGCUACUCCUGAUGUUGCUACAAGAGUGCAGGGAAGCCAAGAAGAUGACGAGAAGAGUGAUGAAGCUGAUGCUGAACAUGACGUCCCAGAAGGGGUGGCUGAGAGUGCUGAGAGUCUCAAAGAAGAUGCUGAAACAGUCGAGUCACCCAACGUCAGCUCUGGAAAAGACAGCAGAUCCGCUAAUGAAACAGAGAGCGAUCCACCAGAGUAUUCAAGCUCAGGCACACCUCCCUCUGUACAACAAGUUCAGCUGUCCAGGAAAGUCUCCCUGGACCCAGAUCCAACGUGGGUGUUGAGCCUGCUGAAGAAGAUAGAGAAGCAGUUCAUGUCUCACUAUGCCAGUGCCAUGGCAGAGUUCAAGGUACGCUGGGACUUGGAUGAUAAUGUAAUGCUUGACACAAUGAUUAACGAACUCAAAGUUGAAGUGCACAAAAGAAUACAAGAUAGCAUUAAGAGGGAGCUCCAAAAGAUUCAAGGUCGUGCCGGGAGGUCACCGAGACCACCGGUGGGUGACCUGUCUAAGGAGUUCUCCGUUCAGACUGAACAAAGGCGUCGGCGUUUGAAAGUCAUGCGUAACCGAUCACUCAAGCCAUCCAAAAGUGCUGACAUUGACAUUGACAUUGAUGCUGCAUCUGGCACAGAUUUCAGUGAUCAGCGCAGUGAGGAUGAGUACUGCCCAUGUGAAGCUUGUAUGAGGAAGAAACUGGAGGCCACGGAGAUGAUUCGAGCUGAGCUCAUACACACUGCCCCUGUUAUGAUGGAUUUCGAUCUAAGAAAAAUCCUCCAGGUGAAAAGGGAUCCCCCUCCAGCCCCCAAGGUAGAACCGCCAUCAGCAGAGCAGUCUGAGAGUCAACCUGAGACUGAACUGCAACAAGAUGAAGAGGAGGAUGGCAACUUAGAGGUGGUCCAGGAGGAACCUGAGCAGGAGGAUGCUCCAGAGGAGAUCAAUGUAGAGGAGGGAGGGGAGGAACCAAAUGAAGCAGGUGAAAGUGUGGAUGUGGAAGCACAGGAGGAAGAAGGAGGGGAUGAUGAAGAAACCGUUACCGGGGAGGGGGAGGAUGAGAGAGAAGAAACAGAGGAGAUGAAUGGGAAUCUUGAAACAGAAGAGGGUGAAGAUGAACAGGGAGCUGAAGAAGAGGUUGCUGAGGUAGAGGCAGGACAGGAGGUGGAUGAAGCUGACAAGGUUAAUGAUGAAGAUGAUGAUGGGGAUGAUCAAGAUGAGGUUGCAGAGGUGGCUGAUGGUUCAGGAGAGGAAGACGAUCUAGACAAUGAAGCAGAUCAGCAGCUCAGUAAGGAUGGAACCGAAGAUGAAGAGGCAAUUGCAGAGAAGAUACUAAUGGAUGACACAGAAGGAGACGUUGAUGGUAAGCAGGGUGAUUCCAGUGAAGCACUGGAGGAAUUAGAGGAAGAUGGGUUAGAUGAUGAGGUUCGAAUAGUGUGUGAUGAAGACGAGACCGAAGAGGCCGAAGAUGCCGAGGGUGAUGCCACAGUUCAAAGUGACACUAAUGAAGAAGCCCAGGAUCAGGACGAGGGUGAGGAUGAAGAUGAAGCCGAGGAGGAGACUGCAGUUGUGGACAUCAAAGCAGCUGGAGGGGAGACGUGGGAGAAGCUUCGAAACCGCCAGAUGACCAGAACAUCAGUUGAAUCACAGACAGGAUCGAUGGACUCCAUGGAGCUGGAGCUGGAAGCCAAGCAGAUUGUUCAGUCUGUUUUUUCAAGCAUCCAUGGUCAUAAAAUAGAUAGGGAUGAAACAGACGAAGGCUUGAAGACUACUUCUAAGAAAAGAAGCAGGUCUCCUGCAAGAGCCAACAAAUCAAGGAGACCCAAGGACAGUGACAUUAAAGUGGACUGAGUUUUAAUCUAACCAUAUACCAUAUAACUGCAUAACGCACUUUAAAAAAGGAAAGACUGCAUUUCUGAUUAUACUUCUACACAGGGCUGCCCAUUAUUUAUGUUAGAAACCAAGAUCUGAACAUUCAGUUUUGUAUUGUAGGGUGUUUCAGAGCUGGAUAUACCCACAGAAUGUACACUGUUUGUAGAAAUUGUGUUCAUCAUGACCUUUUAUGAUGUAAAGAUGUGCAUUAUCCAUAUUUUAUUUAAUGAUUGACAGGGGUUUUAGGAGUAUGUUGUAAAACAAUAUAUCAUUAAUGUCAUCAUAUAAAAACAACACAAAUGUUGAGAGAAAAGAGAGUAUUAUACUAACCAUACGUAUCUUUGCUGUAUGUGCAUAACAUGAAACAGUUUUUAGUGCUCUCAGAGGACAUGAAAAGUAAUGUCCCAACCUCAGGGAGUUUGGAUGAAACUAGGGUUAUUUCAACAUUUCAAAGAGUUUCUGCUGAAAUAUUUAACAAUUCCAGUUUUUAUCUUUGGGCAACAGAGAGAACUGCUAAUAUGUACAAAACUGCUGUGUUCAAAGCCAGACUUUGAUCCAGAACAAUGGGUCAAUUUACGGGUAUGUCUGUUUCCAGACUAGAGUUCUCUUAUGGUAAGUGUAUAUUUGUGACUCACAGGCAAGGGUCUCUGGAAAAAGAAAAUAUAAUAUUUCUUUCACGUGUCCCUUGACGUACUGUCAGUGUUACAUGCUGCAAUGGUUUGAGUGUUUGAAGGAUGUUAUGGAACAUACAUGUGCUGCUGCUUAAGUUCCCCUUGGUAUUUUACACCUUUAAACCUUCUGACUGUACUGGGAUGUACUGUAUGUAAAACAAAAUUGUCUGAUGUAAUAUUUAUUAUUUUAGUGUAAUUAUGCUCUCUGUCAUUAAAUAAAGUAUUUCAACUGAC